AUGAUCACCACUACUGUCAGGAGAAGUCGAGAGUCGAACAGAAGUGAUGAGAAGGAAGCUAAGAAAUGGAAAGGGGGCCCGCGCUGGGAUAUGCCCAGGCGCGGGCGAAAUCGCCGGCGCGCUGAGGCACUCGCGCGCGCCUAAGUCCCCACCACAGGGGCCAGGCUAGCAGGCGCGCGCAACGACCGAGGCGCCCCUGUCGAGCUGAGAGUGGACUCUUCACAACGUUACCUGGUCACAUUCCUUGACGAUUACUCGCGCAAACUCUGGGCCUACGCAAUCGGACACAAAAGCGAAGUCUUCGGCAUAUUCAAAACUUGGCUAGCCGAGGUUGAACUCGAGACGGGUGCGACGCUGAAGGUCCUCCGAACCGACAACGGUGGCGAAUACUGUUCGAGAGCGUUCACAGAGUUCUGCAAGACACGAGGCACCCGUCGACAAUACUCUAUCCCACGCACGCCUCAACAGAACGGUCGUGCAGAGCGGGUCAAUCGUUCCAUUGUCGAAGGCGUCCUUGCCCUCCUUGUCGACGCCCACCUACCCAAGACAUUCUGGGAGGAGGCUGCAGCUUAUUUCGUUUACUGCAAGAACCUGUGUCAACACGCGGCCCUGGACAAGGCAACACCAAACUCCGUCUGGCAGGGUGACCACACCACUGCCUCGGCGCUUCACCCGUUCGGCUGUACAGCUUGGCUUACGGUCGCGCCCGAACUUCGCUCCAAACUCGACCCGAAGGCGGUUCGCGUUUUUUUCACCGGCUACGACCUGGCUUCAAAAGCCUUUCGCUUCUACGACACUACAACACAGAAGAUUAUACUUGGCAGAAAUGCCACGUUCCUCGACACUGAAUUCCCCGGAUUACAUGGCGACCCCACUGAGCAAGACGGCGACACGCACUUCGCCAGCGCUCCCACCACCGAAUCUCAAACCGUUGUCAAGACAUGGACCCCACUAGUAAGGUCGGCGCACAUGGACGUCUCAUCCCCCCUUGAUGAUUCUGCCAUGAGCGCCGUUGACGUGGCCCCAGGGUACACUGGCGGAACCUUACUUAACUUCACAGAUGCCGAAUCGUCCUCGUCACCGUCGCCUGCGUCGCCCUCAUCACCGUCGUCUGCGCCAUCGCCUGCACUUUCACCAUCGUCGGCUGCGUCAUCGUCACCCUCGGCCUUACCGACCGACUCUGAAGACUCCGCCGAUCCCCUCGACCUCCUCGGCUCACAGCCCCAGGUUCGCCUCGAUCUACAGGACGUGCACCACCCAGACUUCAGCACGUACCGCGAGCCCGCAUCGGCUGAGGAGUCGCCCGACGAACUCGACCUCAUUGGGCGCCACUCUCGCGACGAAUCUCCGGACGAAAUCGAUUUCCUCACCCGACACCACCGCGCCUUCAUCGCCAUCGACGACGACACCUCUGACACAGAGGCAAUUCAGCCAGUCAAGUCCAUCACGAGCGACCCACAGACCUGGCGCGAGGCGAUGUCUAGCGACAAGCGUGAAGUAUGGGCCAAAGCCGCCACCGACGAGUUCACCUCCAUGCGCGACGACUUCAAGGUCUUCACCAUCGAGGACCGAGCCACGGUGCCCGCGGGUGCGACUAUCGUUACAUCCAAGUUCGUCUGAAAACGAAACGGAACGCACUCGGCGAAGUCACUGGACACAAGGCAAGGCUGGUCGCGCAAGGCAAUCGGCAACGCGACGGCAUCGACUUCAACGAAACGUUCGCACCGGUCGCACGCUUCUCCUCGAUACGCUCACUCCUCGCGCUGGCGGCCGCCAACGGCUUGCACGUGCACCAGGCGGACAUCGACAAAGCAUAUCUGCAUGGCGACCUUGACCACGACAUCUGGAUGACGGCACCGCGCGGCUUCGACCUUCCCAGCGACAAGGUGCUUCGCCUGCGACGCUCCAUCUACGGGCUCAAACAGGCUGGCCGAAUCUGGAAUCGACACAUCGACGCUUCGCUUCGGGCCCUCGGUUACACGGCGACGGGCACCGACCACUGCGUAUACUCUUGGCUCGAUGAUCGUCAAUGUCCACACUACAUCGCACUGUACGUCGACGACCUCCUGAUGAUCAGCCCGGAACUGGCCGAAAUCGAACGUGUCAUCUCAGGCCUGGACCAACGCUACGGAGUCAAGCGCCUCGGCCCGGCCGAGUAUAUCCUCGGCAUCCAGAUCAGGCGGUUCGACGACGGCUCUAUCGCCCUAUCCCAGGAACGGUACAUCAUGGACGUGCUCGCUCGGUUCCACUUCGACACCACGACUCGCGGCACUACAGUUCCGAUGACUCCCGGCCUUUCGCUCACUGCUAUCCCGGGUCAAGGCACCGAACGGAUCAGGUCAUGGUAUCUGCAGGCUAUCGGCUCGCUCCUCUACAUUUCGCUCGGUACCCGCCCUGACAUCGCCUUCGCCGUGUCCUACCUGGCCCGCUUCGCCAACAACCCCGGUCGUCGUCAUUGGAUUGCGGUCAAGCACAUCCUACGCUAUCUCCGGGCCACGUAUCGCAACGAACUCGUGUAUGCUCGCGGCCAGGCUCGCAUCACGGGUGUGGUAGGCUACUCCGACGCGAACUGGGGGGCCUGCAUCGACACAUCGGUGUCCACCAUGGGCUACGUCUUCUACAUCGCUGGCUCGGCCGUGUCCUGGUCGUCCAAACGCCAGUCUCGAGUUGCCGAUUCGACCACCGACGCUGAAUACCUCGCCCUCUCGCAUGCUGGCAAGGAAGGGAUUUACCUCAGUCAGCUGCUCGAAGAGCUCCAUGUACAACCUGUUGCACCGGCUCACAUCUUUACUGACAACGAAGCCGCUGCUGCAGUUGCUCACGAUCCUGUCCGCGUCUCUGGCACUCGGCACAUACGCUUGCGUGAGCACUUCGUUCGGGACAUGGUGAAUCGGGGCGACAUCUCUCUCUCGCAUGUGGGUACCAGCGACAUGGUGGCCGACAUCUUCACCAAGGCUCUCGGCCCAAAGGUCUUCUCAACGCACUGCUACGCCCUCGGCCUUCGCACUCGACACCCGCGGCUUGGGUCUGCCUCGCAUUCGCGUGGGGGGGGGUGUGAAGAGUCCACUCUCAGCUCGACAGGGGCGCCUCGGUCGUUGCGCGCACUUGCUAGCCCGCCCCCGGCGGUGGGGACUUAGACGCGCGCGACUGCCUCAGCGCGCCAGCGCCGGCGGAUUCAUGCGCGCGCCCGCUAGCCCGCCCCCUUGCGGUGGGGACUUAGGCGCGCCGGCGAUUUCACCCGCGGCUGACUUAGGGAUGUACAUUGUCACGCGCCUGGGACUAUCCCAGCGUGGCCCCCCCCUUUCUGUUUCUUAGCUUCCUUCUCAUCACUUCUGUUCGACUCUCAACCUCUCCUGACAGUAGUGGUGAACGUCUCAUAGGUACGCUGAAAUAGAUCACUUCUGUUCGACUCUCAACCUCUCCUGACAGUAGUGGUGAACGUCUCAUAACAUCGCCUUUGUUGCCGCCUCCGGUCACCCGAUCACGCUUACCGGCGUGUUGCACACCCCGGGCCUGUCUGUCAACCUCCUCUCGGUCUCUCGACUUUGCGACACCGACGAUGUCCGUGUCGCCUUCACGAAGCACGGCAUCCAUAUCGACAAGAACGGCAAUGCUAUCGCUGAAGGCGCAAGACUCGAGGAAGGGCUCUACUUGCUGGACGCUGAUCAUUCCAAAUGUCAGCAUCUCGCUCUCCUCUCUCGCUCACAGUCUUCCGUGCCCCUGCUGACCCUUCACCGCUGCCUCGGCCAUCUCGCACCGUCGUCCAUACAGAAGAUGGUUGCCGCUGGUUUGCUGGAAGGUCUCGGGGCCGGAUAUAGUGACGAAGAGGUAGAGAAGUUUGUCUGCAAUGCUUGCCUCAGUGCAAAGGGCCAUCGUCUUCCUUUUCCCGAUUCGGACUCGCACUCCUCAGAGAGACUCGGCCUCGUACACAGCGAUGUGCUUUCCUUUCCCGAGUCGUCCUUGACUGGCAAGCGUUACCUGGUCACGUUUCUUGACGACUUCUCGCGCAAACUGUGGGCAUACGCGAUCGGACACAAAAGCGAAGUCUUUGGCGUGUUCAAGACAUGGCUUGCCGAGGUCGAACUCGAGACGGAUGCAAAACUGAAGGUCCUCCGAACCGACAAUGGUGGCGAAUACUGUUCGAGAGCGUUCACGGAAUUCUGUAAGGCACGCGGCACACGUCGACAAUACUCUAUCCCUGUGAGGAAUCCACUCUCCGCUCGGCUCAGGACUUAGGCGCGCGGAGCGAACCGGGCGCGGACUUAGGCGCGCGGAGUGAGCCGGGCGCCCCGGCCCAGGACUUAGGCGCGCGAAGCGAGCCUGGGACUUAGGCGCGCGGAGCGAGCCUGGGCCAUUGGCUCAGCCCCAGGCUCGCUGGCUGUGGACUUGGGGCGCGCGGGUCUCUUAUUGUUAGCUUCCUAUUCAUCACUCUUGGCUAUAACUACAUCGCUGACGUAGUAGAGUUGAUCGAAUAGGUAUGUUGAAAUGCAUUCAUCACUCUUGGCUAUAACUACAUCGCUGACGUAGUAGAGUUGAUCGAAUAAUCCCUCGAACGCCUCAACAGAACGGUCGUGCCGAACGAGUCAAUCGUUCUAUCGUCGAAGGUGUCCUUGCCCUCCUUGCAGACGCCCACUUACCCAAAUCAUUCUGGGAGGAGGCAGCAGCUUAUUUCGUCUACUGCAAGAACCUGUGCGAACACUCGGCCCUGGACAAGGCAACACCGAACUUCGCCUGGCAGGGCGACCGCACCAACGCCUCGGCGCUUCACCCGUUCGGCUGCACGGCUUGGCUCACAGUCGCGCCUGAACUUCGCUCGAAACUCGACCCGAAAGCGGUUCGCGUUCUCUUCACCGGCUAUGACCUGGCUUCUAAAGCCUUCCGUUUCUACGACACGACGACCAAGAAGAUCAGUUUGGGCAGAAAUGCCAGGUUCCUCGACAACGAAUUUCCCGGGUUACGUAGCGACUCCACCGAGCAAGACGCCGACACGCACUUCGCCAGCGCUUGCCCGACCACCGAAUCCCAAGCCGUUGUCAAGACAUGGACCCCACUAGUAAGGUCGGCGCACAUGGACGUCUCAUCCUCUCUUGAUGACUCUGCCAUGAGCGCCGUUGACGUGGCCCCAGGGUACACUGGCGGAACCUUACUUAAUUCCACAGAUGCCGAAUCGUCCUCGUCACCGUCUCCUGAGCCGUCCUCGUCACCGUCGCCCGCAACUCCCUUGUCACCGUCGCCUGCGCUGUCACCGUCGUUGGCUGCGUCAUCGUCACCCUCGGCCUUACCGACCGACUCUGACUACUCCGCCGACCCUCUGGACCUCAUCGGCUCACAGACCCCGACUCGCCUCGGCCCACCGGACGUGCACCGCCCAGACUUCAGCACGUACCGUGAGCCCGCAUCGGCUGAGGAGUCGCCCGACGAACUCGACAUCAUUGGGCGCCACUCGCGCGAUGAAUCGCCGGACGAAAUCGAUUUCCUCACCCAACACCACCGCGCCUUCAUCGCCACCGACGACGACAACUCUGACACAGAAGCCAUUCAACCAGUCAAGUCCAUCACCAGCGACCCACAGACAUGGCGCGAGGCAAUGUCGAGUGACAAGCGCGAAGUGUGGGCCAAGGCCGCUACCGACGAGUUCAAUUCCAUGCGCGACGACUUCAAGGUCUUCACCAUCGAGGACCGAUCCACGGUACCAGCGGGUGCGACCAUCGUCACAUCCAAGUUCGUCUGGAAAACGAAACGGAAUGCACUCGGCGAAGUCACCGGCCACAAGGCACGGCUCGUGGCGCAGGGAAAUCGGCAACGCGACGGCAUCGACUUCAACGAAACCUUCGCACCAGUCGCACGCUUCUCCUCGAUACGCUCACUCCUCGCGCUGGCGGCCGCCAACGGCUUGCACGUGCACCAGGCGGACAUCGACAAAGCCUAUCUGCAUGGCGACCUUGACCAUGACAUCUGGAUGACGACACCGCGCGGCUUCGACCUUCCCACCGACAAGGUGCUUCGUCUGCGACGCUCCAUCUACGGACUCAAACAGGCUGGCCGAAUCUGGAAUCGACACAUCGACGCAUCGCUUCGAGAUCUCGGCUAUACGGCGACGGGCACCGACCACUGCGUGUACUCUCGGAUCGACGAUCGGCGACGCCCACACUACAUCGCGCUGUACGUCGACGACCUCCUGAUGAUCAGCCCCGACUUGGCCGAAAUUGAACGUGUCAUCUCGGGCCUCGAACAACGCUACGGCGUCAAGCGCCUCGGCCCGGCAGAGUACAUCCUCGGCAUCCAGAUCAGGCGACUCGAAGACGGUUCUAUUGCCCUGUCCCAGGAACGGUACAUCAUGGACGUGCUUGCUCGGUUCCACUUCGACACCACGACUCGCGGCACUACAGUCCCGAUGACCCCCGGCCUUUCGCUCACCGCCAUCCCGGGUCAAGGCACCGAACGGAUCAGGUCAUGGUAUCUGCAGGCUAUCGGCUCGCUCCUCUACAUUUCGCUCGGCACCCGCCCCGACAUCGCCUUCGCCGUGUCCUACCUGGCCCGCUUCGCCAACAACCCUGGACGUCGUCACUGGAUCGCGGUCAAGCACAUCCUCCGCUAUCUCCGGGCCACAUAUCGCGACGAACUGGUUUAUGCUUGCGGCGAGACACGCAUCACGGGCGUGGUUGGCUACUCUGACGCGAACUGGGGGGCCUGCGUCGAUACGUCGGUGUCCACUAUGGGCUACGUCUUCUACAUUGCCGGAUCCGCCGUGUCUUGGUCGUCCAAGCGUCAAUCUCGAGUUGCCGAUUCUACCACCGACGCUGAAUACCUCGCCCUCUCGCAUGCUGGCAAGGAAGGGAUCUACCUCAGUCAGCUGCUCGAGGAGCUCCAUGUCCAACCUGUUGCACCGGCUCACAUUUUUACUGACAAUGAAGCCGCUGCCGCAGUUGCCCACGACCCUGUCCGCGUCUCCGGCACUCGACACAUACGCUUGCGCGAGCACUUUGUUCGGGACAUGGUGAAUCGGGGCGAUAUCUCACUCUCGCAUGUGGGAACCAGCAACAUGGUGGCCGACAUCUUCACAAAGGCUCUUGGCCCAAAGAUUUUCUCGACACACUGCUACGCACUAGGCCUUCGCACUCGACACCCACGGCUUGGAUCUGCCUCGCAUUCGCGUGGGGGGGGGUGUGAAGAGUCCACUCUCAGCUCGACAGGGGCGCCUCGGUCGUUGCGCGCGCCUGCUAGCCUGGCCCCUGUGGUGGGGACUUAG